CUCCUUACGGGUCCGCCGGGAACGGGUAAAACACUGUUAGCCAAAGCGACGGCCGGCGAGGCGAACGUUCCCUUCAUUACGGUCAGCGGUUCCGAGUUUUUGGAGAUGUUUGUCGGGGUGGGGCCCUCCCGGGUGCGCGACAUGUUCGCCAUGGCCCGCAAGAACGCCCCCUGCAUUCUGUUCAUCGACGAGAUCGACGCUGUGGGCCGCAAACGAGGGGGCCGUUCGUUUGGGGGGCACUCCGAACAGGAGAACACACUGAACCAGUUGUUGGUGGAAAUGGAUGGCUUCAACACCACGACUAAUGUGGUGGUAUUGGCCGCCACUAACAGAUCCGAUAUACUCGAUCAGGCGCUGCUCAGGCCCGGAAGGUUUGACCGCCAGAUAUUCGUGCCGCCGCCCGAUAUCAAGGGUCGGGCGUCCAUUUUUAAGGUACACCUCCAGCCCCUGAAGACCGAGUUGGAUAGA